UCUUUUGAAUGAAUAGAACUGAGAUUUCCGGUCUCCCUCCGCCCACCUCUCCCUCCCGGGAAGGAAAGGGUUAAGAUUUCCAAGAUAAGUUUUUGUGCUACUUGUCCACAUAAACAACGGAGUAAUUCUUAGUAGGUUCGCAUCGUAUCAAGACGCGCGAUACCAGAUCCGAUCGCCACUUCGAAGGCUCCGCUCCCAUGAUGGGAUCCAAAAGGCGGAGGGCCACCUCUCCCUCCAGUAGCGUAAGUGGGGGGGACUUUGACGAUGUCCAGAUGUCCUCCUCCACACCUGGAAGCGGCCGAAAAAGGAGGAGGGCUUCCAGUUUCCCCACGGUGGACCCAAUCGCGGUGUGUCACGAGCUCUAUAACACUAUCCGUGAUUACAAGGACGACCACGGGAGGCUGCUCUGCGAGCUCUUCAUCAGAGCGCCGAAGAGAAGGAACCAGCCGGAUUAUUACGAAGUGGUGACCCAGCCCAUAGAUAUGAUGAAAAUCCAACAGAAAUUGAAGAUGGAAGAGUAUGAUGAUGUCGAGCAACUCACCAGUGAUUUUCAGCUGUUGUUCAACAAUGCCAAGAGUUACUACAAGACUGAUAGCCCAGAGUACAAGGCCGCAUGUCAACUGUGGGACCUGUAUUUGCGCACAAAGAAUGAAUUUGUGCAACGGGGUGACUCCGAGGAAGAGGAUGAAGAGGGGGAGGAGAGUCAGGAAAAUCCAGGAACCUCUACUGAAGAAGAGACUCCACCCAGCUGCCUAAAAGAGGUCCUGGAGCAGCUGCUGGAUGCUGUGGUGACCUUCACCGAGCCCUCGGGGCGCCUGGUCAGCGAGCUCUUCCAGAAACUUCCGUCCAAAGUGCAAUACCCUGAUUACUACACCAUAAUAAAGGAGCCGAUCGAUCUCAGAACCAUUGCUCAGAGAAUACAGGUGGGGUACUACAAAGGUGUUAGCGGCAUGGCGAAAGACAUAGACCUCAUGGUGAAAAAUGCCAAAACGUACAACGAACCCGGAUCGCAGAUCUUUAAGGAUGCCAACACCAUAAAGAAGAUUUUCACCCAGAGGAAGAUGGAAAUGGAGCACGCCGAGCCCACGAAAUCUAGUCUCCGCAUCAGGAACCGGCGGUCCGUCCAGGGGGAUCGGCUGUCUGCCAUCACGAUGGCCCUGCAGUACGGCUCCGAGAGCGACGAGGACGCCCUGCUUGCCGGCUCGCGGCAUCCCGGUACGCUCCCGGCAGGGGGGGUCGCCCGCUGCGAGGAGGGGGAGUCGGAGGCGGAGAGCAUGCAGUCCGGCGUGGACGCGAGCAGCCCCGUCUUUCAGCUGUACGAAGCGGUGCGCGGCAGCAGGAACAGCCAGGGGCAGCUCAUCGCCGAGCCCUUCCUGCAGCUGCCCUCCCGCAAAGAGUACCCCGACUAUUUCCAGCAGAUCAAGCACCCCAUCUCCCUGCAACAGAUCUGGGAAGUGCAGAUGAAGAUGAGGAACAACGAGUAUGAGGGCGUGGAGCAGAUCGACACAGACUUCACGCUGAUGUUUGAGAACGCCAAGCGCUACAACGUGCCCCAUUCCCCCAUCUAUAAGAGGGUCUUGAAGCUGCAGCAGAUUCUGCAGAUGAAGAGGAAGGAGCUGUCGAGGAGAGAAGACGAGGACGGGGACAGCAUGCUCUCCUCAUCCAUGUCCGAUGUCGGCGCCGGCAAGAGGAAAAGCCACAAGAAGAACGUCAAGAAGAACCGCAUGAAGGUCCUGUACGGCGCCGUGACGGAGGCCCGUGAACCGGGCACAGGCAGGCGCCUCUGCGACCUCUUCCUGGUGAAACCUUCCAAGAAGGACUACCCAGACUACUACAAGAUCAUCCUGGAGCCCAUGGACCUGAGGAGCAUCGAUCACAACAUUCGCUCCGACAAGUACCUGAGCGAGGAGUCGAUGGUGGAGGACAUGAAGCUGAUGUUCCGCAACGCGCGCCACUACAACGAGGAAGGAUCUCAGGUCUACAACGAUGCCAUCGCCCUGGAGAAGAUCCUGAAGGACAAGCGGAAGGAGCUGGGUCCACCGGACGAAGACGACGUGGCCUCCCCUAAGCUGAAAAUAAGAAAGAGCGGUGUCUCCCCGAAGAAGUCCAAGUACCUGACGCCCCUGCAGCAGAAGCUGAACGAGCUCUACGAGGCGGUGAAGAACUACACGGACCGGCGCGGCCGCCGCCUCAGCACCAUUUUCCUGCGGCUGCCCUCGCGCGCCGAGCUGCCCGACUACUACGUCGCAAUCAAGAAGCCCAUGGACAUGGAGAAGCUCAGGAGCCACAUGUUGGCCAACAAGUACCAGGACGUGGACGCCCUGGUGGAGGACUUUGUGCUGAUGUUCAACAACGCCUGCACCUACAACGAGCCCGAGUCGCUCAUCUACAAGGACGCCCUGGUGCUGCACAAGGUUCUGCUGGAGACUCGGCGCGACCUGGAGGGCGGGGAGGACGCGCACGUGCCCGACGUCCCGCGCCUCAUCCAGGAGCUCAUCCGCAACCUGUUCGUGUCCGUGCUCAACCACCAGGACGAAGAGGGACGCUGCUACAGCGACUCGCUGGCAGAGAUCCCCUCGCGCGAUCCGGCGAACCCCGGCAAACCGCCGCUGAACUUCGAGAUCAUUCGCUCCCAUGUGGACAGGGGCAGGUACGGAAGGCUGGACGUCUUCCAGGAGCACAUGUUCGAGGUGCUGGAGAAGGCGAGACGGCUGCACAGGACGGACUCUGAGAUUUUCGAGGACGCCGUGGAGCUGCAGCAUUUCUUCAUCCGGGUCCGGGACGAGCUGUGCAAGAACGGCGAGAUCAUGCUGUCGCCUGCACUCGGCUACACGGCCAAGCAGCUACACGGCGACGUGGAGAAGGAGAAGAAGGAGAAGCUACCCAAGGAGAUGGAAGAGGACAAGCUGAAGAGGGAGGAGGAGAAGAGAGAAGCCGAGCGGGGCGAGGACGCGGUUGGAGGGCUGUGCCACUCGGGUCUGCAGCGCACUUAUAGCCAGGACUGCAGCUUUGAGGACAGCACGUACCACGUAGGAGACUACGUGUAUGUGGAGCCAGCGGAAAGCAACCUGCAGCCGCACAUUGUGUGCAUCGAGCGACUCUGGCAGGACAGUGCAGGGGAAAAAUGGCUGUACGGCUGCUGGUUCUACAGACCCAACGAGACCUUCCACCUGGCCACACGCAAGUUCCUGGAGAAGGAGGUGUUUAAAAGUGACUACUACAACAAAGCGCCCGUCAGCAAGAUCUUGGGAAAAUGUGUCGUCAUGUUCGUGAAGGAGUACUUCAAGCUUCAGCCGGAGGGCUUCCAGCCAGAAGACGUCUUUGUCUGCGAGUCGCGCUACUCUGCUAAAACCAAGUCUUUCAAGAAGAUCAAGAUGUGGACGAUGCCCCUGAGCUCUGUGAGGUUUGGCCCUCGCGACAUCCCUUUGCGUGUGGUACGAGUAGCCUCCGUGUUUGCCAACGCUCAGAAGCAGGAGCAGGAGAAACCGGCAGAGGUGUUGGACGAGAGCAAAGGAGCAGACGUCGGCAGCAUUAUCGACAAGGAAAAGGAGGACGUGCCAGUGGACAUGAACAACGGCGAGCCCGGCUGUCGGUACUACGAGCAGCUCCGCUACAAUGACAUCUGGCUGAAAGUAGGCGACUGUGUCUACAUACGGUCACAUGGUCUGGUGCGACACAGAGUCGGCAGAAUUGAGAAGAUGUGGGUGCGAGACGGUGCAGCCUACUUCUUUGGACCCAUCUUCAUCUACCCAGAGGAGACUGAGCAUGAGCCCACCAAGAUGUUCUACAAGAAGGAGGUGUUCCUCAGCAACCUCGAGGAGUCCUGUCCCAUGAGCUGCAUUAUGGGGAAGUGCGCUGUGUCCUCCUUCAAAGAUUACCUGUCGUGCCGACCGACAGAAGUGCCUGAGGACGAUGUGUUGGUGUGCGAGAGCCGCUAUAUUGAGAGCGAGAAGCAAAUGAAAAAGUUCAAAGGCCUGAAGCGCUUCUCUUUCUCCAGCAAGGUGGUUGAAGAUGAGAUCUACUACUUCAGAAAGCUGAUCGUGCCCCAGAAGGAACCAUCUCCGCUGUUGGACAGGAAGAUCCAGGAGCUUGAGGCUAAGUUUGCGGACAUGACCGACGAGGAGCUGGAAGACCUCGGAGAGGAAGAUGGGGAGCUGGCAGAUGCAACAACCAUUCCUCAGCUACAGACGCCUCUGGCAAGCGACUUGGACAUCAUGCCAUAUGCACCCACUCAGUCAACACCAAAGUUGAUAAAAGGCCUCUGCAAGAAGGAAGGGUCAAAGAGAAAGAUCAACAUGAGUGGCUACAUCCUCUUCAGCAGCGAGAUGCGAGCGGUGAUCAAGUCCCAGCACCCGGACUUCUCCUUCGGUGAGCUGAGCCGCCUGGUGGGGACGGAGUGGAGGAACCUCGAAGCUGCCAAGAAGGCCGAGUACGAAGAGCGAGCAGCCAAGGUAGUGGAGCAGCAGGAGCGGGAGCGAGCGGCCCAGCAGCCGCAGGCAACGUCCCCCAGAGCAGGUACCCCCGCAGGGCCCCUGGUUGGCGUGGUUCCCCUUCCGACCCCAAUGGGGAUGCUUAACCACACCAUGACGCCUGUGUCAGGCAUGAUGGCUGCGUACGGCCCACCCAUGCUGCCCUCGCAGGGCCCCCUUGAUGGUAUGGGCAGCAUGGCUGGGGUACCCCAACAGCCCAGUGCGCUGGGCCACCCUGGCAUGCCGUACCUGGGUGUCAUGGGACAAGGUGUGAACAGUAUGACGGGGAAUCCUGGUACUGGACAUUCCUAUGGACCACAGGUAAACCUCUUCCAUCUGGGUCAACAGGCCCCGCCCCCUUACCCCGGACACUAUCAGGUAGGCCAGCCUAUGCUGCAGCAGCCUUCCACGCCAGUGUUCGUGGCCCCACCUCCCAAGUCCCAGCGCCUGCUCCACUCUGACGCCUACCUAAAGUACAUCGAAGGCCUCAACGCCGAGUCCUCCACUGUCAGCAAGUGGGACCAGACUCUCUCAGCUCGCAGGAAAGACGUCCGUCUCACUAAGGAGCAGGAGAGCCGGUUACCAUCCCAUUGGCUCAAGAGCAAAGGUGCUCACACCACGAUGGCGGACGCGCUCUGGCGGCUGCGGGACCUCAUGCUGCGGGACACGCUCACCAUCCGGCACACAUACAACCUGCAGAAUGUCUGAGCUGUUCCGUCACCCUCCUCGAGGCAGGGAGGACAAUGCAGAAGCCAUCAUGUUUCAUUGUAUGUUGUGUGCCCGUUUUGUGUUUUAUAUAUAUAAAAACCUCA